UACAGAUGAUUGGUGACGAUGACAUCCAGACAAGCAUUAUACUCCAAGUUUUACUUCAACAUAGUGUGAAAUAAACAUAUAAACAAUAGCCUAAAUGUAGGCACAUUUUGCUGGGGGGCUAAAUGGAGAUUUGGGAUCUUUCCCCCAGAGCAUCCUUCCCCCACGCGUUUCCAUGGCAUUUCCAUUGUUUUGGUCGGGUUCCAUUGACCUCUUUACCGCAUCUAGAAUUAGGAAUUAGAAUACUUAAGUUCUAUGAGCCCAACAAAGUGAGCCAUGAUUUCAUAAUUGAUCAGUGCACCUUGAACAUUCCGUUUGAACUAUUUGAUGGCUGACCACUGAAAAUAUAACAGCACCUCCAAAACAAUGUAGAAAGUGAUAUCAAAGCAACUGGCUUGCAAUGGAGCCUCCGGAAAGUUAUGAGGAAUUACUGCAGGAAUACCUGAAACUGAGGGAGGAGAAGGAGCAGAUGAACCAAGUGAUCACCUGGAUGACGAAGAGAAAUAGUCAACUAGAGGAUUUGUGCUCACAACAUGGCCUCAGUACAGAUACUUCAGUUCAGCAGAAGGCUAGCUUUACCCCGCAUCCGCCCUCCAGACUCCCUGUGCCCCCCACAGCAGGCCUCAGGAUGAGCAAGGUGUGGCUAGAGAACUCAAGUAAGACCAAGAUGGCCACCAUGAUAGAGAAGCUAGAUAAGGUGACUUUGAAUCCAUUUCAGGAGAAGAAGAGGUGCGAAGUAGUGGAGGCGAAACAGCAAGGAGGGUUCCAGCAGUCGAUGAGCAAGGCCGACUGCAAUCGGAAAGAGUGUGAUAUCUGUGGCCGGCGCUUUCAUCCUGACCGUCUGGAGAAACACAGCCUGAUAUGUGCCAAGGUCGCCUCCGAGAGCAAAAGACGUGGGGUCUACGACUCCUUCAAGCACCGGUACAAGGGAACCAACCUGGACAGCUUCAUCAAGCGAUCUAUUGAUCCAUGAUUCAUGUGAUUCAUGUGUGUUGCCGGGCCUUCAAGGCUAUAGGCUCUCCUGACUAUGACAAGGUUUAAAAAUCUACCCCUACUAGAGAAACCUUUUUAUUUUCACUUCAAUAAAAAGCA